AUGGACUCGAGUCAUCUCAUUGCACUGCUGAAUGGACUGCGCUCCGCAGACAACCAGGAGCGCAAGUCCGCCGAGGAGCACUACAACGGCAUGGUUGCCUCCAAUCCCGUUUGGAUGAUGUGUGCCUUGGCGGAGACCAGUGCGACCUCGCAGGACACGGGUGUGAGGACCAUGAGCUUGGUGUUGCUGCGGAAGCUCUUCAACGCUACCCCGUCGCCGUACGCCGCGUCCGACGCCGGAGCGCGCGCUGCGGUGAAGGCGCAUAUGCUCGCUGUGAUCAACUCUGCCUCUCAGGGUGGCCUGCGCUCGCCUGCUGCGGCGUGCGUCAGUGCUCUGGCGGUGCAGGUGUUCCAGGAGAAGGAGGACUGGAAUGAGCUGUGGACGAGCGUUAUGACCAUCCUCGGCGAUGUCAAGGGCGACACGGCGCUGAGGACGAUGUGCUGCGAAAUCGUCCAGGCAACCUCGAUGGCCAUGGCUGCGUACUUCCAGUCUCACGCCGAUACGCUAGCGACGGGGUUGGAGACGUGCUUCACGCAAGGGACAGACGGCGCUGACCUCAAGAAGGCCGCCUUCGAGGCGACGAUUCGUCUGUCGAACCUUGGCAUGGCGGACCGUCUGCGUCCGCUGGUGCCGAAGAUGCUGAGUGUCAUCGAGGCCUACCUGAACCAGGGCGAGUGGGAGGCGGUGGAGUCGAUUCUGGAGGCCACUGUGGAGGGAAUGUCGUCGAGCAUUAGCCUCUUCCAGCAUGAUGCCGAGCACCUCCUGGGGCUCAUGAUGCAGGUGGCCGCCGCGCCUCAGGUGGACGCCGGUGCGCGCCACAUGGCGGUGGAGCUGAUGCUGACGUACUGCGAGGAAGUUCCCAAGACCGUGCGCAAGGUGCCGCAGUUUGCCUCAUCCUUCUUCGAGUUGCUCUUCCAGUACACUCUGAACCCCGACUACGGCGCGGACUGGGACGUCACCGGUCGCGACAAAGACGAGGACAACCUCGAGGAGAACUCGGAUCUGGUGAUCGGGUCGAGCGGGCUGGACCGUAUUUCGAACGCCCUCGGCGGUCGCAAGCUUCAAAAAACGGCGCAGACGCUGUUUGCGCAGAACAUCAACUCGCCAGAGUGGCAGCAUAGAAACGCCGCGGUGCUGCUUAUCUGCUACGCAGGGGAGGGCAUGCGCACUGUCUUUUCGUCGCAGCUGCCGUCGCUGGUGCAGAUGGUCGUGCCGCACGUGAAGGACGAGUCCAAGUACGUGCGCGCCAACACGCUCGACUGCCUCGCGCAGCUCUCCCAGGACUUCGCGCCGGAGCUGCAGAUGAAGGUGCACGGCGCCAUCCUGCCUGCAGUCGUUGCUGCUCUGCGCGACGACGUGCCGCGCGUGGCGACGUGCGCGGCGAACUGCCUCGACAGCUUCAUUGACAGCGUGACGGGCGAUGAGGAGGAGGACGACGACGAGGACGGCCUCGACGAGUUCCGCGCCAUCCUGCAUCCGUACAUCGAGGUGAUGUGCGGCGACUGCCUAGCGAUGAUCCGAGGGACACAGCACUUCUUUGUCCGCGAGGCGGCGCUGGGUGUGCUCUCGUCAGUGUCCUCAACGUGCAAGGGCAUGCUUCUGCCGUACGUGGAGGCGCUCGUGCCUGUCUACCAGGAGGUGCUGAGCUUUCCGGACGCGCCGGAGGCGAUGAAGACAAAGUGCAAGGCCAUCGAGUGUGUGACGCUGCUCGCCUGCGGCGUUGGUCGUGAUGCGUUUGCCAAGUACGCGCAUGAUGUGUGCAACUACUUGAAGCAGCUGUGCGACGGCGGCCUCACAAACGAUGACCCGCGCACACGUUUCGUGAUGCGUGGCUGGACAUGCAUGGUGGAGUGCCUCAAGGACCAGGCCCAGCCGUACCUCAGCACCGUCAUCCCCAUCCUGCUGAACAUGAUGAGCAUGGAGUGCGACAUGGAGAUCGCGAACGUCGGCGUCGGCGAGGACGACGAUGACGAGGACCUGCCGGACGGUGUGGAGAAGAUGCGCUUUGUUAUCCCGGGCGUCGGUGAGCGAGUUGUGACGAUUCACACAAGCCUCAUCGAGGACAAGGAGCUUGCCUCCAACGUGGUCUUCGCGAUGCUGAAGGACCUUGGCAUCGGACUGGCCCCAUACUUCUGCGAUAUUGCGAACGCGGCCAUGGGCCAGCUGUCCUUCAUUGCUGGCGAGGCUGUUCGUGAGAGCGGCGCGUCGAUGCUCGAAGAGAUACUGAAGUGCUACGAGGAGAUGAAGGACCCGGCGGCACAGCAGCUGGCCGAGGCAGCUCUGCCGAAGCUGAUGGAGGCGCUCGGCGAGGAGUCGGAGAACAGCGUGAUGGAGGUGAUGCUGCGGUGCAUUGGUCGCUGCGUUAGCGUGCACCCGGCAAUCAUGAGUCCCGCCAACACAGCCCUCGUGUGCGACAAGGUAAUGGCAGCUUUGGAGGUUGUGGUGAAGCGCCGCAACGAGUGCCUGGAGAAGAAGGCGACGGAGAACGAUGAGGACGAGCUCGACGCGCUUGAGGUGGAGGACGAGGAGGUCCAGCUGACCAUCUCCUCCAUGUGUGACUUGAUCGGCACUCUUCUCGCUGCCUCGAAGGAGGUGUUCGCGGCGCCGUUCCUUGAGAAAGCCUUCCCUGUGCUCGGUGAGUGGCUCCAGGCGUCGACGGACGACUUUUACAUGACGCGUGCCGCCGGCAUUCUGAGCGACUUUGUGACGCACGCGCCGCAGUCGAUUGUUCCGUCGCUGCCACAGAUCUGUACGAGCUCGUUGACGAUCGCGUCGUCGUCCUCCGACGACGGGCUGCUGCAGAGCAACUUUUACCUCAUGAACGUCAUUGUCCAGCUGCUCGGAUCGCACGCUACUACGAACAUGGGUGUCGACGGUGGUGAGUACGCUGUACACGUGCAGCAGGUGGCCGAAAAGUACUUCUCGUUGAACCUGGUGAAUCAGGAAGAGUACGCGCACUGCACCUGUAACGUGAUCAGCCUGUACGUGUCGCUGCUGAACUUCUACGGCACCACGGUGCUCCAGCAGGUGGCAACAGCAAUGCUGACAGUAGUGGGCAAGGCGCUGCCGGCGAAGGAUGACGAGAUAGAGGCCCGCCGCAUCCACGAUGUGGUUCUCGGGUGGGUGACAAACAACCAUCCCGUCCUGCAAGCCCUCCCCGGCUCCGCUGCCGGAUUUUUGACUUGCGUGAAGGCAGCUAGCCCUAGCUGCCUCUCCGAGCAGGCGAAGCAGUACCUUGCUACUAUAUAA